AUGAGUUUUAUAGCUAAUAACGAAUCACAUGUAUAUAAUAAAACACCAAAUUUUAAUCGUUUAAUUGAACGAAUUCGACAAAGUAUUCGUGAACAUGAAAUAACAAAAGAACAACAACAUAUAAAAAUUUAUUCUAUUGUUCAUUAUGUUGAACACAUAAAACGAUGUAUUCAUGAUAAUCCAUUAAUUGGUCGAGUACUUUUUCAAUUUUAUAAUACAAUAAAACAUUUUCAUUCGCAUAAUAAUCGAUUUCCUUCAACAAUUAUAUUCGAUAAUAAUGAGUCAAAAGUGAAUAUAGAAGAUAAAACUUCCAUUGAUAAUUUAUCUACAGUUAGUAGUCAAAUUGAAACAAAAUCAGAUCUAUCAAAAAUAAAUUUAACAAUUUCACAAUCAACGGAAUUAAAUAAUUUACCAACAGUAAAAUCUACUACUCAUUUUAUUCAACCAAAUCGAGUUUCUCGUCAAAUCGGUGGUUUAAUGACAAAAACAACAUUAUCAGCAAUUAAUAAGACACCACGCCAACGUACUACACAUGAUAUUGAAGUUCUAGAACAUCUAUUGAAUCGUUGUGAAACUCUUCGUCAUUUGCCAACGAAUGUUCGUCAUUAUGCUGCUCGUUCACUUUUACUUUUUACUUAUCAUCCAAGUACAAUUGUUACUCGACAAAAUUUUCUUUCGUUUCUCAAUUUUUUUAUUACUACAUGUCAAUGUAUUUUAUUACUCGAAACAAAUCAAACAACAAUAUUUGGCCAUCGAUUAAAUAUUGGUGAUAUAUAUGGAGAUGAUUCUCUUGAAUUAAUAAAUUAUUAUCAUUUAAAUGGUUUAAUAACAAGUGAAACGAAUUAUUGUAAUUUAAUAGGAUUUUUUUCAAGAGAUAUUAGAGCCUAUGAAAAUUAUUUAUCUGAUAUUAUGAAAAAAUCAUUACUUGAACAAUUUCGAGUACAAUCAAUAUUUAGUAGUAUUCAAUGGCGAAAUGAUAUUUUAGAUUAUAUUUUAAAAUGGUCUAAUUAUAAACAAUAUUCCAUUGAUGAAAUUAUUUAUGGAAAUGAAGAACACGAACAUGAGAAUUUAUAUUUUAUUUUACAUGGUCAAAUUUCUUUUGUACGCUUACUUGAUUUUCCAUUCAUUAUAAUUAAACAUCCAGAAUACAGUCAAUUUUAUCAGAAAUUGAGUAAAAAAAAGAUCAAUAAAGCAAAAAUUAAACAGAUAAAUAUAGCAGUUCAAAAUCAUUCUAGUAACGAUAACAAUUCAAUGUCAAAUUCAUUAAAUGGUUCAAUGAAUAUUAAUAAUCGUUCUGUAUUAACAGGUUUAAAUCUUCCAGUAAUUACAUCGAAUUCAAAUUUAGAAUAUAAUUCAAAUUCUCAACGAAACAUUAAUACUGUAAUAAAUGAACAAGUCACUCAACAAACUACAAAUGAAAGUAAUUCAAAACUAAAAACUACAUGGCGUUUUCUUGAAAUAUUUGUUCUUUCAAAUGGACAUUAUUUUGGAUUUGAAACAACAACAAUUCAUUCAUGGUAUCUUACUCGUAGUACAGUCGAUAUUAUUUCAAUUCCAAAAAAACGUUUUAAAGAACUUGGUUCUUUUGCACCAAUGAUAUUUGAAAAACUUCGUCAAGAUUUUCUUGAUAUAUUUCCAGAUGAAUCUUUCAUACGUAAUUCAUAUAUAAAAUAUCUUCAAACAAAUAAAUCCAAUGAAAAUGAAAUUUCAACAAUCAAAUUUAGUGAUCAUAAAAAAAGAUCAACGAUUAAUAAUCAAGAUAUGGAAAACAUUAAUUGGAUUCCAGAACAAAAUAUUCUUAGUAUAAAAAAAAUCAUUUUUUUUUUCAUAUUAAAGCACAAUAAAAAAAUUUUCUAUAGAUCAGUAUAA